AUGAACAUAGGUCAUUGCAGCAAUCCCUUGUUGACUGUAAAGCCCGCGAUGAAUAGUCUUGGUAUGCAAGGUUCAGCGAAAUCAGACCUAGGCAAAAUUAGUGACAAAGUAUUCAAAGCUUUCGAUUUGUUUGACCAGGAUGGAAAUAAAACAGUAAAUGAUAGAGAUAUAGGAACAAUUCUGCGCAGUUUAGGACUAUGCCCAUCUGAGGCUGAACUAAAGGACUUCAUUUCUCAAAUUGAAAAUAAUCCACCAAGUGGCAUUAUUAACUAUGAGCGCUUUUUUCCCGCCGUUCGAGAUAUUAUGCUUUAUGGAAAGUUUGACAUCCUUCCGGAGGAAGAAAUUACUCGAGCAUUCCAAGCCCUCGAUCCUAAAAAGACUGGCUUUGUUGACCAGGAAGUGCUCAAAGAGCACCUGUUGACCGAGGGUGAAAGCUUUACACAAGAGGAGAUGGACGAAAUGCUUUCUUGCACAACUGAUCCAUCGAAAAAUAAAAUUAAUUAUCGGGACUACGCAGUUAAGCUUGCUGAUAUAACUAGAACCUAA